GGUGGAGCGACACGGGGAGAGAGAGAGGGAGCUCAGAAACCUCGACGAACCGCUCUCCUGUAUUCAAGUCCCCUUCCUCUCUUUCUUCUGUAGUUUGCUGCACUCUCCUUUCUCAUUCCCCUCCAAAUGCUUCUCUCCUUCAAAAGAUAACGACUCGCCUCCUUAAACCCAGAUCAAUUGUUUCCUAAAACUUUCCUCCUCGUCCCGGAUCGAGCGGGCAGGUGGAGAGGAUGAUGGCGAGCGGACCUGCGUCGCUCGGUGCUGCGCUCUUGGUGACCUGCUGCGUCUUGGUGUCGGCCCAGGAGCUGCCGACCAACGGGGUGAACGGGUACAGCCUGCACCCGCCCUACUUUAACCUGGCAGAGGGCACCAAGAUCACCGCCACGGCGACCUGCGGGGAGGAGGACACCGGUAGGACCGUGCACGACCUGUACUGCAAGCUGGUCGGAGGCCCGGUGUCCGGAGACCCGAGCCAGACCAUCCAGGGCCAGUACUGUGACAUCUGUAGUCAAGGCGACAGUGAUCGCGCCCAUCCCAUCACCAACGCCAUCGACGGGACAGAGCGAUGGUGGCAGAGCCCUCCCCUGUCCCGCAGCACGGAGUACAACGAGGUGAACGUUACCCUGGACCUUGGACAGCUCUUCCAUGUGGCCUACGUGUUGAUCAAAUUUGCCAACUCUCCCCGUCCAGACCUCUGGGUUCUGGAGAGAUCCACUGACUUUGGGCAGACCUACCAACCCUGGCAGUACUUUGCCUCCUCUAAGAGAGACUGUAUUGAGCGUUUUGGACAGAGGACCAUUGAGAGAAUCAACAAUGACGAUGAUGUUAUCUGCACCACCGAAUAUUCACGUAUAGUGCCGCUGGAAAACGGAGAGAUUGUGGUGUCUCUGGUGAACGGUCGUCCCGGGGCCUUGAACUUCUCCUAUUCGCCCGUGCUGAGGGAGUUCACCAAGGCCACCAACAUCAAGCUCCGCUUCCUGAGAACCAACACGCUGCUGGGACACCUGAUGGGCAAGGCGCUCCGUGACCCUACCGUCACACGCAGGUACUACUACAGCAUCAAAGACAUCAGCAUCGGAGGACGCUGCGUGUGUAACGGACACGCUGAGGCCUGCAACGCCAAGGACCCCAUCGACCCCUACAAGUUACAGUGCGACUGCCAGCACAACACCUGCGGCGUGUCAUGCGACCAGUGUUGCCCCGGAUACAACCAGUUCCCAUGGAAACCGGCCACAACCUACAGUGCCAACGAGUGUGAACCUUGUAACUGUCACCGUCACUCAUUUGACUGUUACUACGACCCCGAGGUCGAUCAGAAGAGAGGGAGCCUCGACAUCCACGGCCACCACAGAGGAGGGGGCGUCUGUCUCAACUGUCAGCAUCACACCACCGGAGUUAACUGUGAGCGCUGCAUCCCCACCUACUACAGGUCACCUGACUACGCCAUCGACUCCCCGCUGGCCUGCUCCCCCUGCAACUGUCAGUCAGAGUUCACAGAUGGUACCUGUGAGGAUCUGACCGGACGUUGUUUCUGCAAACCAAACUACACUGGGGACAACUGUGACUCCUGCGCCAGCGGCUUUAUCAACUUUCCUCAGUGUUACCCUAUCCCCACCUAUCCUACCAACAACAACAAUGGUGAAGCCAAACCGGCUGGAGAGAUCAUCAACUGUGAGUGCAGUGCAGCAGGCACAGUGGACAACGCGUGCAAGACGGACCCACGAACACGAACCUGCAUCUGUAAACCAGGUUUCACUGGUGAACACUGUGACACCUGCGCUCCGGGUUUCCACGGACUCAACUGUCAGGCCUGUCAGUGUUCAGGUCCAGGCUGUUUGGACGGGUCAUGUGACUUGAUGACCGGGCACAGUGUGUGUCGGAGCGGUUUCCAGGGUCACCAGUGUGAUCAGUGUGCUCCUGGUUACUUCAACUACCCACUCUGCCAGCUGUGCGGUUGCAGCACAGUCGGAUCUCUGCCUGAAGUCUGCGAUGCGUCUGGCCGGUGCCUGUGUAAACCAGAGUUUCAGGGUCCUCGGUGUGAACAGUGCAGAUCUGGGUUCCACUCGUACCCCAACUGCCAAGUUUGCGCCUGUGAUUCUCGCACCUCACUGGACACCAGCUGCACAGCGUCCGGUCACUGCCACUGCCGGCCCAAUUACAGCGGCGCGUCAUGUGACCAGUGUGCACCCGGUUACUAUGGCUACCCCAGCUGCACUCCCUGCCAGUGUUCCUCAGAAGGCUCCCGCUACACUAACUGCGACCAGGUGACGGGCCAGUGCGUGUGUCUGCCCAGUGUGGUGGGACUGAGGUGUGACAGCUGUGCACACGGCUCCUACGGCUUCCCCAACUGCCAAGCUGGUACCUGUCACCCUGCUGGCUCUGUUCAGUACACAGUACAGCCACCUGUGGGCCAGUGUGAGUGUCGUCGUCACGUCGAGGGUCCGGCCUGUGACCAGUGUAAACCUUUGUACUGGAACCUCUCACCUGACACUCCCGAUGGAUGCUCCAACUGUGAGUGUAACAUCGCGGGGACUCUGAGCAGUGUUGCAGAGUGUGCACAGGAAACCGGUCAGUGCUACUGUAAGCCCAACGCCUGCAGUGGAACCUGCUGGACCUGCAAAGAAGGCUUCUACAACCUGCAGGAACACAGCUACUUUGGCUGCCAGGGUUGCCAGUGUGACAUCGGUGGCUCAGCAGGUCAGUCCUGCCAAGAGAGGAACGGACAGUGUCGCUGCAGACCCAAUGUGGAGGGACCAAAGUGUAACUUACCUCGUCAGGAUCAUUACUUCCCGGACCUCCAUCACCUGAAGUUUGAGAUCGAGGAGGGAACCAUGCUGGACGGCCGACCGGUGCGAUUUGGCUACAACCCCCUGGAGUUCCCAGACUUCAGCUGGAGAGGUUACGCUCAGAUGAACCCCAUUCAGUCCAAAGUGUUGGUGUCGGUGUCAGUCAGCUCUCCAGACCUCUUCCGCGUGGUGCUGCGCUAUGCCAACUGGGGGGGUUCGGAUGUUCGGGGCAGGGUGUCGGUGAUAGAGGACGACUGGAACUACUACUGUGGUAACUGUUCAGAACAGUCCAAACAGAUCGUCUUUGCUCCCAGUGUGGAGCCGACCUUUGUCAACGUUCCCCAGAAUAAUUUUGUGGAGCCCUUUGUACUGAACCCGGGAACGUGGACCGUGGUUAUAGAGGCUGAGGGAAUCAUGCUGGAUUAUCUGGUCCUGCUGCCCAGUGCCUACUAUGAAGCUCCUAUCCUGCAGAUCAAAGUGACUGAACCCUGUACCUACAGCGCUGUAUCUGAACCCAACCAGAACUGUCUGAUGUACAAGUAUCUGUCUCUGGACUCCUUCCCCUCCAUCUCUGGCAACGACGCCAACUGCCGCACCGACAACCACCUGCCGCGCCCCUGCCCAACUGAGAGGGUAACCCCGCGGCAUCCCGACAUGGCCGUCUGCAGUGGCUACGAUAUCAGCGUCGAGCUGCAAGCUCGGCUGUCGUCUCCAGGCGACCACGUCCUGGUGGUCGAGUAUUCCAGCGAAGAGGAACUGCCUCAAACUCUGUCUGUCGCUGUCAGCGUGCCCGGCCCACGGCCAGACCAACAUCGUGUCACCCUGCUGCACUGCAAAUACAGCUUCCUGUGUCGAGUGGUGGCCAUCGAUGAGCAGAACAGGGUGGCAGUCUUCUCCCUCCCUGCCAGCGCGGAGAUCCAGCUCACCUCCGACCGCGCCAGCUUCUUCCUGCACAAAGUGUACCUGGUUCCUAAAGACCAGUUUACUAUGGAGUACGUUGACCCGAAAGUCCAGUGCAUCAGUACUCAUGGGCAGUUUUCACCUGACAGUUCCUCCUGCGUCCCCUCACGCUUCCAGACUCCAUCAGACUCUCUAGUCCUGAAGGAGGGCCAGAGCUCCUCCAUGCAGGAGCUACCCGUCCCGGCCACCCCUGCUCCAGCUCCUCCUCUGCCCUUCUAUCAGAGAGACGAGGCGCCCUGGACAGGAGGAGACAGGCCUCCACACGUUGCGGAUAACAGCGACCACAUCCGUCUGGACUCGCUGCAGAAUGCAGCGGUGUACUCAUCGCGCGUCCACACCCUCGGCCGUUACGUCUUCAUCCUCCACUUUCACCAGCCUCUGCACCCCACUUAUCCAGUGCAGGUCUACAUUAACGGAGGACGAAUCUGGCAGGGCCACGUCAACGCCUCCUUCUGUCCACACGCUUACGGCUGCCGGAACAUCCUGGUGUCUGAGAAUCAGAUCAUCCUGGAUGUGACGGACCACGAGUUCUUCCUCACUGUACAGGUACCAGCAGGAAAGACUCUGUGGCUGGAUUAUGUGUUGGUGGUUCCUGAGACGAGCUACAGCUCCAGCUACCUGAACGAGGAACCUCUGGAUAAAUCUUAUGACUUCAUCAGCAACUGUGGCCAAAACAGCUUUCACAUCGAUCCGUCCUCUGCCUCUCCGUUCUGCCUCAGCUCAGCCGUGUCCCUGUCGGCCUUCUUCAACAACGGGGCGAUGCCCUGCGCCUGCCACGAACUCGGGGCGGAGAGCGACACCUGCGAGCAGUUUGGCGGCCAGUGCCAUUGCAGGCCAAACGUGAUCGGACGAGAGUGCUCCAUGUGUGCCACGGGGUACUGGGGAUUCCCCAACUGCAGACCCUGUAACUGUGGUACAAGGCUAUGUGAGCCGGUGACUGGCGAUUGCAUCUGUCCUCCGAGGACUCUGCGUCCAGAGUGCACCCAGUGUGAGCCUCAGACGUUUGGCUGUCACCCAGUGGUGGGCUGUGAGGUCUGCAACUGCUCUCGGCCCGGUAUCACCUCUCCUGACGCCAGCUGUGACACGCUCAGCGGACAGUGCAGGUGUAGGAACAACGUCGUCGGCCGUCAGUGCGACCGCUGCGCCCCCGGUUUCUAUGGUUACCCCAACUGCAGGCCUUGCGACUGCAAUGAGGCGGGAACUGAGGAAGAAGUGUGCGACACCUUCACAGGACAGUGUCUAUGCAAGGAGAACGUCCAGGGCGCUCGUUGCGAUCAGUGCAGAGUUGGUACUUUCCACUUGGACCCAACCAACCCAAAGGGCUGCACCAGCUGCUUCUGCUUCGGAGCCACCGACCGCUGUCGCAGCUCUGACAAAAGACGCACAGAGAUCAUGGACAUGAAUGACUGGGUGCUGCUUGGAGCAGACAAACAGGAAGUGCCGGUGACAGUGUAUCCUGGUCAGGACCUCGUGGAGGCUGACCUCAGUGACGUACCCGAUGUCUACCAGGACCUCCACUGGCACGCUCCGAAGACAUACCUGGGAGACAAGGUCUCAUCCUAUGGAGGUUCCCUGAGGUAUCGCCUCCACACUCAGACCAUGAGAGGAGAUGUGUUGUCUCUGCCUGCUGAAGCCUCCAGACCUGAUAUCAUUCUGAAGGGUAACCAGAUGACUCUGGUCUUCAUGGAGCGAGAAUACUCCUCACCUGAAGAGCCUCACCUGGGGAUAGUUCACAUAGUCGAGGGAAGUUUCCGUCACGCUCAGACCGGCAACUCUGUGUCUCGGGAGGAACUGAUGAUGGUUCUGGUCGCUCUGGAGUCCCUGCAGAUCCGAGCCCUCCACUCGCAGUCAGCCCACUCCGUGUCGCUCCGUGGGGCCGUGCUGGAAGGAGCAGAGACUCUGCCCACUGGACGCCACGCCAACAAUGUGGAAAUCUGCAUGUGUCCCGCCAACUACCUUGGAGACUCGUGUCAGAAAUGUGCUCCAGGUUAUUACAGAGACACCAUCGGCCUGUUUCUGGGGAAAUGCGUUCCCUGUAACUGUAACGGACACUCUGACCAGUGUCUGGACGGAUCUGGAAUCUGUGUGAACUGCCAACAUAACACCCUUGGCGACCACUGUGAGAGGUGCCAGGGUGGUUUCCUUGGUAACAACAGCCUUGAUGGGCAGGCCGUGUCCUGCGCCAGUUGUCCCUGCCCGUUAAGGACCCCAUCCAACAACUUUGCAGAAGGCUGUGUGCAGAAAAGUGACAGGAUGCAGUGUCUGUGUAUGCCAGGUUAUGCUGGACCUAACUGUGAAAGGUGUGCCCCUGGUUUCUACGGCAACCCCAUGGUUCUCGGCAGUAGGUGCCAACGGUGCAACUGUCAUGACAACACGGACCCAAACAUGUUGUUCACCGACUGUCACCCACUGACCGGGGAGUGUCUCAGCUGCAUGCACAACACAGCCGGACCUCACUGUGACAUCUGCGCUCCUGGUUUCUACGGCGACGCCAUCAGUGCCAAAAACUGCACCAAAUGCAACUGUUCUCCAUGUGGGACAGAGUCAUGUGACCCUCGUACUGGACAGUGCCGUUGCAAACCGGGAGUCACUGGGCCGCGCUGCCAACGUUGUGAGGAGGGCGCCUUUGGCUUUGAGUCGUGCUCAGGCUGCAGUCAGUGUGACUGUGACGCCUCGGCAGCUCUCGUCCAGCCGUGUGACCCUCAGAGCGGUCAGUGUGCCUGUCAGCCUGGAGUCAACGGGCCCAACUGCAGACAGUGUGCUCCGGGGUACUGGGACUAUGGACCCGACGGCUGCAGGAAGUGCGACUGUAAUGGAGGUCACUGUGACCCUCGGAGUGGAGAGUGCCGCUGUCCUGACGGGAUGGCAGGAAGGCAGUGUGACACCUGCUUACAAAAAUACAGCGUCCCUACAGUGGACCGGACCGGCAUGCACUGUGAAUCGUGCGACAGCUGUGUCAUCGUCCUGUUGGAGGAUCUGGACAAGAUGAACGAGGACUUCCAGUCAGUGGCCAGUCAGCUGGGUAAUCUCAACGCCAGCUCCAUGGCCUGGGCUCAGCUGCACAGUCUCAACAAGUCUGCGGAGGAAAUCGCCCGUGCCAUAGAGAACUACAACAGUACGCUGGAUGAGAGCAGGAAUCGAGCCGACUUGCUGGAUGCCGAGAUCAUGAAUAUCAACGAUGACAUCAAUGAGCUGCAGAAUAAAGCCGACGCAAUGACAAACAAGGUUGAAGAUCUGCACAACAACACCAUCAACACACACCAGAGGGCGGAAGAUCUGCUGUCCAUGCUCAACAAUUUGACCAUGGAUAUAAACGACAUCCUGCAUAUGGCGAACCGGUCUUUGCUGAAUGACACUGACACGGAGCAGGACGACGGUUUGAGGGAGAAUACCAUAAAGGAGGUGCAGGACAUGCUGAGAGAGAUGAGGUUCAGGAGCUGUGUGGGACAGAUGAAACUGGCUGAGAAGGAGAAGAUGGAGGCGGAGAAAUUGCUGAAUCUUGUUAACAAGGAGCUUUUGGGGAGUCAAGAGGAAAACAAUGACUUGGCCAAAGCUAUCAGAGACCAUCUGGCUCGCUUCAACUCUGAGAUGAUGGACCUCAGAGACGCCCUGAACGAGGCCGUGAACAACACUGCCAGAGCAGCAGAGCUCAACAACGUUAAUGAGGAAAGCCUGGAGGAAAUUAAAAGGAGGAUCGAAGACUUACUGGCGAAGAAGAAGGAGGUGAUCGACCAGCUGAACAUGGCUGAAGACAAUUUCGCUCAGGUCAACGAUAUGCAGUCUAUGGUGCAAGAGUCUAAAGAGGAGUACGAGCGUUUGGAGGCACAGCUGGACGGCGCCAGGGCUUCGCUGGCACAAAAAGUGCAGAGUUUUGCUUCGAAAAUCCCUCUGGUGGAGGAAGCAGAGAAACAUGCUGAGCUGCUGAACGCUUUAGCCAUGAACUUGUCUAGUUUGGUGGCAGAAACCAAUAGGGAUGGAACCGUAAAUGGCACAAAAGUUUACAACAACAUUAUUAACAGCAUUAAGGAGGCAGAGGAUGCUGCCAUGAUGGCUGAAAAGGCUGCUAAUGACACGCUGGAGAACGUAAAGGACCAGAACCUCGGCAGACUUGCUAAUGCUCUGAAGAACCACAGCAUGGACCUGAAGGAUGAGGUUGAACAACUAAAUGAUGAACUGAACAAUGACCUGAAGCCUCAGCUGGACGACGCUCAGGAGCGCCUGGAACGCGCCAAGACCAAACAAGUUGCUGUGAUGAAGGAUCUGGCAGCGGUCCAGAACAACCUCAACUUCACCUCGAAUGUGAGCCAGCAGAUUGAUGAUGUGAAGAAUAUGGCAGAUCUGGCAAACACCACGGCCACCCAGGUCAAAAACGCCCUGCGACCCAUUCAAGAGGAGCUAGACCAAUGGCAGAAGGCCUACGGAGACGCUAAUGCCACAAACGAUGACCUCAACAACGCCCUAAUGGACGCCAACAACACCGUUCACAAGCUAGGGGAAACUAUUCCUACUCUCAUGAAGAAGCUGGAUGACCUGCAGAAUCACUCCACACAAAUGCCAAACAUCUCGGAGAACAUCAACCGCAUCCGUCAGCUCAUAAAGGAGGCGCGCAACGCAGCCAGCAAGGUGGGCGUGUCUGUGAAGUUUGACGGGAAGUCAGGGGUUCAAGUUCGUACACCACCCAACCUGGCUGACCUGGCCGCCUACACCUCCAUGAAGUUCUACAUCACCCUGCCCGAGGCCGCACGGAAGAGGCGACAGGACACAAUGAACAAACAGUUUGUUUUCUACCUCGGCAACAAGAAUUCCAGUAAGGAAUUCCUGGGGAUGGCGCUGGAGGGGAAAAGACUGCGCUGGUACUUAAAUAUUGGAGGAGAAACUGCGGACGUGAUGGUGGCUGAAGACGUCCAGACGAAAGGAAUCUUCAACACCGUCAUCCUGGAGAGGAUCCUCCAGUUCGGUGAGAUGUCCCUGUCUUCAGACCAAAGAUCCACCAAAGCCUCUUUGGAGGCUAAAGGAGACCAGGGCCUGCUCAACCUCUUGACUAACGACACUGUCUUCUACGUGGGAGGAUACCCACCAAAUUUCAUAAUGCCUGACCCGCUUGUGCUGCCUUACUUCACGGGUUGUAUCGAGCUCGGCACUCUGAACGAGGAGGUGCUCAGUUUGUAUAACUUUGAAGAAACCUUCAACCUAAACACCACAAAGGAAAGACCGUGUGGCAGGUCAAAGCCCUCGCUGACUCAGAACUGGGUUAACGAUGCAGCGUAUUUCGAUGGCACCGGCUUUGCUGAGAUCAGCUUCAAUGGCGAGGCCGCACAAUACUUACGCUUUGAACAGGAAAUCAAACUGCUCUCACACAAUGGAAUCCUGCUCCUGCUCCGCAGCGCGGGUCAGUUCCUGUGUGUGGCGGUGCUUCGCGGCGAAAUCGCAGUUUUUUACGAUUUCUCUGGUUCUCUUGAGAAGCUUACGCCUGAAAGCACAGCGGAGUCAAUAAAGAUCAGUGAUGGUGAACCCCGAAUUCUGGACAUUUUGAUUCUUCAAGCAAGCAAACUUGUGGUGAGGGUCAAUCGCAAGACCAUCUACACAAAGCCGUUCUCGGAGACCGUACCUCAGUUCAGCAGGUCCUACUAUCUGGGAGGAGUACCCAAGCAUGCGAUGCCUGAGAAGUUGAAGGCUGUGUUUUCUAAACAGGGUUCUGUGAAGGGCUGUUUCAGGAAUGUCAAGGCACUGGGCACUCACAUCGACCUGAAGAGGAUGAACAGCUCUGGAGUCAGUUUCGGCUGUGACAGUGACUUGUUGGUGGCUCGUGAGGGUCAUUUCACGGGUCAGAGUUACCUGAGCUUUAAUCUGACAAACGUGCCCAGGCUCAGGGACAACUUCUACACCAGCUUCAGCUUCAGAACCGACAAGACCGAAGGACUCAUGUUCUACCACCUUGAUCAGGACGGUGUCUGUCAGGUGUUUUUGCAAGAUGGCCAUGUCGUGGUGAGAGCCGGCAACAGUGAGAUCAGGACUCAGAAAACAUACAACGACGAAAACAGUCACUACGUCACAUUUUACAACAAUGACGCAGGGAUACGUUUGUACAUGGAUGACGUGCUGGAGAAAGAGAAGGGUGGUAACACCCGGCAGGGCACCAUUCCUAGCAGUGAGACAACCUCAGAUAAAACCACCACCUACCUGGGAGGAACGCCCGACCAAAGCUUCGCCAACCUCACCGGAUGUAUCAGCAAUGUUUUCAUCAAGAGGAAAACUGAUGUUCAGGCGGUUUUGAACCUGGUGAAAGCUAAAGAAAACGCCAAUGUUCCUCUGGACUGUCCCGCUGCUAAAAAGCCUCAGCAGAUCGUCGCCUCAAUGCCUAAACACAGUAAAUCUAAGGGGAAGCACAAGAAGACGCCAGGAUCUCGCAGUCGGAACACCCGAGGGUCGUGUCAGGGAGAGCUGUCGGACCACGAGAGCGGAGCGACGUACUUCAGCGGCUCCACGCACAGCUACCAGAGAUACGACAUCCUGCCCACCUCAAUGACUCACAUCUCCAUGGCGCUGAAGAUCAACUCCUCUGACGGUUUGGUGCUGUACGCAGCCGGCAGGCAGCGCAGUGGGGCCGUGAUAAUGCUCGGCCUCUCGGACGGCCGCCUGCUGCUUUUGUUAGACGGAGGGAAGAGGAAGGCCAACCUGCGCAGCCGCAAGAAGUACAAUGACGACCGCUGGCACACGGUCUUCAUAAAGCGUGAAAAGGAGAAGAUCAUGCUGAUUGUGGACGGCAUCGAUGCUCAGUCCAAGAAAAUGCCUGGAGGAGAACGGACUCGUCUCACCGGGCCUUUAUAUGUCGGAGGAGUCCCGUCCUCACUGACGGCAAACAUCCAGACUCUGUUUCCAGAUGCCCCGGGCUCUGGUGGAUUCAUCGGUUGUGUCAGGGACCUGACGCUGAAUGAAGCCCCUGCAGGAAGCCCCUCUCUCAGCCAGGGGACGAUGCCCUGCUUCCAGAACCAUCUACAGCCUGGAGCCUACUUCUCUGGACAAGGAGGACACAUCGCAAUAGAUGAGUCUUUGGUUCUGGGUCGGGAUAAUGAGAUCCAGCUGGAGGUUCGACCGGUCUCAGAGUCUGGGCUGCUGUUGCAUGCUGGGACGUCACCUGACCAUCACCUGAGCUUGAUCCUUAACCAGGGAGAGGUGACUGUCUCAGUAAACACUGGCAAAGGUGAAUUCUCUACCUCCUUCACUCCCGAAGAACCUCUGUGCGACGGCCGCUGGCACACGAUCACAGUGGUGAAGAAGAACAACGUCCUGCAGCUCCACGUGGACGGAGCCAGCUCGCACAGCGUCGGCCCCAAACAGAGCCGCUCCGCAGGCGCCAGAGAGACUGUUUACCUCGGAGGCACACCCGGUGGCGUCACAGUUCCAGGUCUACCUGCCAGCUUGCCGGCCUUCCAAGGCUGCGUCCGCCUUGCUACCAUCAACCACAGACCUGCCAGGUUGUCCAAGCCUCUCGCCGUGCACGGAGCAGUGGGGACCCAGGGCUGCCCACACAUGUAGACCCAACACACAGUCUUACCCUCACAUUCUCCAACUACAGAAUCCUGGUGGUGGGUGUCAUGUUACUGUAGCUAAUUUAAAAUAUCUAUAUUAAUAUUUAUUUUCUACGUUCAGAAAAAAAAAUGUAUAUUUUAUAUUUUCACCACAAUAUUCCUGGUGUUUUUUUUUUUUUGUGCUACAGGGUGCUACAGCUGAGAUGCACUGAUACGAGAUGUUAAAUUUCACCUCUGUAAUGAAAAACAUCAGUCACUUCGAAAAUGUGUAGUAUAUUGUAAAUAAAGGCAGAACGGCUUGAUUUCUCUAGGUUGGAUUCAUACAGAUAAAGUCCCAGAAUAUUUUGACUUUAAAAGAUGUAUACCGCUGUGUAUUGUGUAUCUCCAGCAGAGAAUGUUAAGUAGGCCUACUGAGUCGGUACACUGUGAACACUGUGAUACUAGAGAAACGUCCUCAGGCAGCACAGACGGGUGGCCGUACCUGCCACCGAGACGGGACUGGACUUUUGGGGGAAUCAAUUAGUUUGGGGUUUAAAAUAUUUUGCAGACAUUUUCUAUCAGCAUUGGUGAUGAUGUUGCAUUCAGGUGAUACUAGAGCCGUCAUAAUUGGUGAUUUUUGAACUGAAAACUUCUUUUAAUCUGACCUAGAGUGCAAAGAGUCGAGUCUGCCAUUCAAGAUAAUUUAAUUCAAAUUAAAUGAUCGUUGAGUUCCAUCCUAAGCCGUAUAGAGUCCUUCUCUCCCGUAGGACAUGAAGGCACCACAAAAUCUAGUUCUGUCCAAGUUGCAGGCAGCGUCUCCCGUCUAUAUUCCGUCAUAAAUGUAAACAUGUACCAAAUGAGUGUGAACCUGUAUGUAAUAUAACCACUUUUACAAAUAUUUCAAAAUGAAUAAGCUGUAUCCCCCCUCACUCCCCGCCCUUGUGUUGUAAAUGUUUAAAUAAAGUUUCUUUUUUCAUAUAAA